AAAUUCCGCAUCUCCCGAAAAGCGCAGAGGACGGAGGUGGACGGACGGACGGACGGACGUUGUGCGGUGCGGCUGCCGCAAUGCCGCGACUUGCACUGCCGCUCCUCCUGCUGUGGGUCGGCUGCAGCCUGGCAGAACGGUGCGUAGAACGGCUGGUGCAGCAGCAAUACUCCAGCUCGUUCACGGCUUCCUCCUAUUACUCAGCUUUGUACACUCCCAGUUAUGGGAGGUUUCAAGGCAGCGGUGGGUGGUCACCCCAGACCUCCGAUCGGUUGCCCUGGUUACAGGUCAACCUGUCAAAAUCAAAGAUCAUCGCCAUUUCCACCCAAGGAACCUACAACUCCAACGACUGGGUGACCAAGUACCUGUUCCUCUACAGCGACCAGGGAAAGAACUGGAAGCCUUUCUACCAGCAGGGACAUAACUGGACCUUUGCAGGGAACCAGGAUAGUGACACAGAGAAGCGACACCUCCUGUGGCGGCCCGUCCUGGCACAGUUUGUGCGCUUUGUUGCCAUUAGCUGGAGGCGAGGACAUGCUGUUGGACUGCGAGUGGAGGUGUUUGGUUGUCCGUAUGACUCGGAAGUCAGCUCCUUUGAUGGCAAUUCCACGCUCUCCUACAAGUUUGGAAAUAGCCAGAGCACACACACACUGAGGGACAGCAUUUCCUUCAACUUUAAGACCUUGGAGACAGAUGGGUUGCUUUUGCACAGUGAAGGGAAGGAGGGAGAUUACAUUACGGUGGAGCUUGAGCGAGCGAGACUGCUGUUUCACAUCAAUCUAGGCAGCAGUAAUGUUCAUUUAGUGAAUGGUGAAACCUUGGUCACACUUGGGAGUCUGCUCGAUGACGAUCACUGGCACAUGGUGACUAUUGAGCGCUAUGGACCUUACGUCAAUCUGACGCUUGAUGGUGAUGUUGAACACAUCCGCUGCAAUGGGAACUUUGAUCACCUGGACUUGGAUUCGCAGAUUUUCUUUGGUGGGAUGGUAACUGGUGAUAAGCACAGACUGAAGGAGAAGGCCAAUUUCCGCGGCUGCCUGGAGAACAUCAUGUACAAUAACGUCAGUGUGUCUGCUCUGGCCCGAGCCAAGAACCUGGAAAUCCACACCACGGGUGACGUGAUGUUCCGUUGUCCAGAUCUGCUCUACCACGAGAUCCCCUUCAGCCCGAUCACCUUUUCAUCACCCAACAGCUACAUCCAGGUGCCGUCAUACCCCAGCCAGAGCCAGUUCACCCUCAGCUUCCGCUUCCGAUCCUUUGACAACAGUGGCAUGUUACUCUUCAGCAACUUCUCAGACGGGGUUGGUUCCUUCGAGAUGGGUUUGAGCAACGGACAGAUCAAUAUCACCUUCCUGCAGACUGGCCACAAAACCCUCGAGUUUGCUGCAGGACACAACAUGAGUGACGGACACUGGCACUCCCUGCAGCUCACAGCCAGAAUGGAUACCGUUAUUGUUACCAUUGAUGAAGAUGAAGGUGCAGCCGUGCGGAUCAACAGCGCCCUGCGGGUCUCUACCGGAGACUAUUACUUCCUGGGAGGCUGUCCCAAACGUGUCCGAGCCUAUGGCUGUUCGUCAAACCUGAGCACCUUCCACGGCUGUAUGCAGGAGAUCCGGGUGGAGAAUCGGCUGGUAGACCUGGAGCUGGUAAAGCGGCGCAGACUGGGUAGCUACGCCGAGAUGCUCUUCAACACGUGUGGGAUAGCAGACAGGUGCACCCCGAACCUGUGUGAACAUGGUGGGAUUUGCAUACAGACCUGGGACAAUUUUGAAUGUGACUGCCAUAGGACGGGGUACAAAGGACCGACCUGCCAUAACUCUCUCUAUCCGGAGUCCUGCCACCACUAUCGGCUUCUUGGGGUCAGAACAUCAGGAAACUACACCAUCGACCCGGACGGCAGUGGCUCCGCCCGGCCCUUUGUGGUUUACUGCACAAUGACAGAGGACACGGCCUGGACCACAGUGUUCCACCUACAGGAGCGUGACACCAAGGUGACGGGCUCCAGCCUGGAGAAGCCAUUCGUGGGUCACAUCGAUUACUACAACAACACAGAGGAGGAGAUCGCUGCCAUCACACUGGGGGCUGAGUAUUGCGAACAGAAAAUUGCCUUCUCUUGUUACAGGUCGCGACUCCUGAACAGUCCCUCUGGGCUGCCCUACGCAUGGUGGCUGGGACGGGAGGCUGAGAAGCAUUUCUACUGGGGCGAUGCCAGCCCAUGGGUACAGCGCUGCUCCUGUGGGAUGCACAGGGGCUGCAGUGACCCCAAGUAUUACUGCAACUGCGACGCAGAUUACAAGCAGUGGAACGCUGACAGGGGUUUGUUGAAGUACAGAGAGCACCUGCCGGUCACUAAAGUGGUCAUCGGUGACACCAACCGCACAGGCUCCGAGGCCAGGUUCCAUGUCGGCCCCCUGCGCUGCUACGGGGACGGUGGCUCCUGGAACGUUGCCUCCUUUGUACACGGGAACUACCUGAGUUUUCCCACCUUCAUGCCCGGCCCCAGUCUGGACAUCUCGUUCUACUUCAAGACCACGUCCUCUUCAGGAGUCUUCCUGGAGAACUCGGGCAUCGUCGACUUCAUCCGGCUGGAGCUACGCUCUAACAGGGAGGUGGCUCUUGUGUUUGACGUCGGCGAUGGCCAGGAGCAGUUGUUGGCCAGGUCACCCGUUGCCUUGGACGACGACGACUGGCACUGGGUACAGGCCGAGAUCAACGUGGUGUUCGCCCGCCUGAAGCUGGACGAGCUGCCGUGGCAACGGAGAGAGGCUCCCCCCCAGAGCUACGUCAACCUGCGGUUUAACAAGCCCCUGUUUGUGGGCGCGGCUGAGUACAGGCUCCAGGCGUUCUUCGGCUGUAUCCGGGGGCUGAAGAUGAACGGGGAGAUCCUGGACCUGGAGAAAAAAGCCAAUGAGACCGAGGGGGUGAACGCGGGCUGCGUGGGGCACUGUGAGAAGCCGCGGGUGGAGUGUCAGAACGGAGGCCGCUGUAUCGAGCGUUACAGCACCUACACGUGCGACUGCAAUGCCAGCGCCUUCGAUGGACCAUUCUGCAGCAAGGUUGUAGGAGGAUAUUUCGAGCCUGGCACCUACAUCCGCUACUCGUUCCAGUCAGUGGUGAGUGCUGUGGCCGGCACAAUGGCCAACUUGAUGCUCCCCUUGAUCCCCGGCCACAACCUGACCAACGAGGAGAUUGUCUUCAGCUUCUCCACAGAGCAGCCGCCCGGAGUUCUGCUGUACGUCAGCUCCUACACACGUGACUACAUGGCCGUGGUCAUCAGACACGAUGGAAGCCUGGAGCUUCGCUAUCGGCUGGGUGGCUCUGCCUAUCCCUACACCAGAACCAUUGCCAAAGACAACAUGGCGGACAACAAACCUCAUCGGGUCAACAUCACCAGGCGAGACCGCGAGGUUUACACACAGGUGGACGAGCUGCCUGUAAUGAGGGAGAAGCUGUCUCUGUGGGGAGAUAAGAAUUUUGAUUCUCCCAAGUCGCUUUUUCUGGGCCGUGUGAUGGAGAUCGGAGUGUUGGACCCGGAUAUUCAGCGCUUCAACACGCCCGGCUUCACUGGGUGUCUGGCCGGAUUUAGCUUCAACGGCAUUGUGCCCAUCAAGGCAGCUCUGCGAAGCGAUGUCAACCACACGGUCAAUGUCUCGGGCACCCUGCUGGAGUCCAACUGUGGUGCACCUCCCGUCACCCUGUCCCUUGUCUCUCUAGAGGAAGAUCCUUGGCAAGUCCACCCAGAUACGCCUCGGUUUGGAUAUGACGGACUGGGUGCAGUGCUAGCAGGCAUUUUCGUGGCUCUGUUCCUCUUCCUGCUGCUGGCCUUCCUGCUCUUCCUCUUCCUCUAUUAUUACCGUCACAAGGGCAGCUACCUGACCAACGAGGCCAAGCCGCUGGAGCCCUCGGGAAGCUCCCAGCCUGCACCCCCCAAGGAGGCAAACCUGGAGAAAAUUAACGAGGAGCCCAGGAGCGAAUAGCUCCGAGCGCGCGGUUCCAGUCUUGCCGGGAACAAGGUUACAUUUUGGGGCGUGGGGAUGGGGUGGGGAUGGCAUGGUAGGGGAGGGGGAGAAAAACGAUGGGAUUGUAUCCCAUUAUCCAGCGUGGUUUUGAGUUUGCGUUCACUCCCUGGCACCUUCAUCACCAGUCGAUCGACGUGUCGUCAGCCAUGUUCGGAGCGAAGCUGUGUGUCGCUGAGCCGCUCUUUGAGAAUUACAANUUUUUUCUACCAAAGCCCCCGCUGGGCCCCCUCCCAUCCGCCUCCCCCCCACCCCCCUUCCGUCUCCCCCUCUGUACCCGAGCUGCCGAAUCCCAGAAGAAACUGCCUCCGUAACCGCAGUUCCAGGGAGAGGCGCCAUGCGACCCGGAGCCUCCUGCUCUGUAACCGGUGCCCGCUUCACGCAAUACUCGCUCCUGGUGCAUGAACAGGACCCUCCCGCUAGGCUCCAAGCCAACACCCACCACCCACCCACCCCUCGCCCCCCCGCUGCUAUAAGCAAAUCAGCUGCUUUCCCAGAAUUUUUACUUCUUUUUACUGCUUCCGUUCACAAGUCCGUUGUAUAAGCAAAACAUUGUAUAAAGUUUUUAAUUGUAUAAUCUUGUAUAUAGUGUACGGUUUCCCGAACCUGCGGAGACCAGCUACUCGUAGUCACGAUACCCAACCUCCCUCUAUUCCCCCCUCCCCCCCAACACGGGACAUGUCGAUGUUUCGCUGAUUAUACUUGGGAGACUUUGCUGCUACUUUCAAAUUCUUGUCCAUAAUUGCCCCACCGUUUGCUCUGCUGUCCUGACUCCCACAGCAUCUUCCCACACAAGCCGCAGACCGUCCAGAACUCUGCCGCCCGUGUCCUCUCCCACCCCAGGCUCCACCAACCUAUCACCCACCUUUCUCCCCCCACUUCUUCCAUUCCCGCUCGCUCGGCUCCACUGGCUC